AAGAUUAAAACAAUAUUUCUCAAAUAUUGCGAAAUUUAUAUAUAUACAUAAUAUUAAAUGAAUAUUUCUAAAAUAUUAUCUGUAGACAUCGGGCGCAAAAUAUUGCAUUUUUAGUUAUCGAUCCAAUAACAAUAGAUUUUUUGUAUGGAUGCCAAAUAGAGUUUGCAAUAAUUGAAUAAUCGAAGGUCAUUUACAUUUUCUAAAUAUUAAUGACAUGUUGUUAAAAUAUUAGGAAAGAAAUAUUUAAAUCUCACAAAUAAUUCAUAUUUAAAAAUAUUACGCGCGCGCAUGUGUAUUAAUCACACACUGUUCAAGCCGGGUUGGAAUGCGCUAAAUAAGCACUUCUGUAAAGACGCGCCUACGUUUUGUGUAUUAAUGGCGGUUCGUUUUGUUCGUGGUUUUGUAUUUGUCGUGCAUGUUUUCGUUUUAGGUUAAAUACCUGCGUGAUUUAGCUUUAUCGUAUUAAUAAGAGUAAGUAGUCUUUUGUUAAAUGCGACAAAAUGUAUAUAACAUUUCUAUUGUGUUUGUUCUAGGUUAGGUACUCUCACAGAUCAAGUAUUGUGGCUUAAAAAACUUGCCAAAAAGGUUCUUUUAAUACAUGGUGGCUCAUCAGUAACGAUAGCAAAAACAUGGCAAGCCACAGUCGAUACUGUAAGAAAUAUCGGUAUAUUAAGAAACAGGUAGAAAAUAGUGUAACUUCACAAAGUGCCGAAUUAAAUCAAAGUGACCAGGAAUGUGAAUCUCAUACACAAUUAUACAACACUGAAAUUGAUAAGAUCAAUCCGAUUAUCGACACCGAACAAUUCUGUAGUUCUGCGGGUAGUUCUGCUUAUCCACCUGAACUGCCUUCAACAUCCACAACUUUCACGGUAAACAGUUCCUUUGAUGAUCCAAUUCCUGUAACUGAAACUAGUGGUUCACAAUUAUGCACAGUGAAUUUAAAGGAACGUAGUAGCACAUUUCAAAAUUUUAUUAAAUCUUGGGCAAUAAACAAGAAUGUCAAUUUAACUCAGUUAAGUACUUUGUUACAAGGUGUCAAUAGAAUCAUUCCUGAACUUAAUUUGCCUAAGGAUGCUCGCACGAUUUUACAAACAAGAAGAGAGUUGAAAUUCAAUAACCUAAAAAGCAGUAAAGGAACUACAUCUCAGUUUUCGUAUUUAGGAAUAUCUUAUAUGCUUAAAGAGUAUUUGAAUGACAAUUAUUUACAGAUGAGAAUUUUAGAAAAUGGUUAUAUUAGUCUAUCUUUUAAUGUUGAUGGAUUACCUCUCUUUAAAAGUACAAACCAACAACUGUGGCCUAUUUUAUGCCGUCUUCAUUUAAAGUGUGCAAAUUUAAAACCUUUUGUGGUAGCAAUUUUCUGCGGAGACUCAAAACCAUUUUCUUUAAGUGAAUAUUUGGAUGAAUUUAUCGUGGAACUGAAUUAUUUACUUGAAAAUGGAUUUCGACACUACAAUGUCGUUAUUCCAGUUAAAGUUUUAUGUAUCAGCAGUGAUGCUCCUGCAAGGGCGUUCCUUAAAGGAAUUAAGGGGCAUAAUGGAUUUUAUGGUUGUGAACGUUGUGUUCAAAAGGGCAACUACAUAAAUAAUCGAAUGGUUUAUCUAGAUACUGAUAGUCCUUUGAGAAAUGAUUUUAAUUUUAGAAGGAAAUUAUUUCCAGAACAUCAUGUAACAGAAUCUCCACUAACACGUAUAAGUAGCUUCAAUAUGGUUUCCGGCUUUCCACUUGACUAUAUGCACUUGUGUUGUUUAGGUGUUAUGAGAAAGCUAUUAAAUUAUUGGAUACGUGGUAGUACGUUGCAAGAUAUGGUUAGAUUAAGAGUUAAUUUAAGAAUACAGCUCUCAAAGAGAUUAGAGUAUUAUGCCAAAUUUAUGCCUAAUGAUUUUAAUAGAAAAUCUAGAUCUUUAAAUGAGCUGGAUAGGUUUAAGGCUGUAGAGUUUCGGACUAUACUAUUAUACUUAGGACCAAUAGUAUUAAAAAAUAUCUUAUCGACAAAACUUUAUGAGCACUUUCUUUUAUUUCACUGUGCAAUGCGUGUCUUGCUGUUGCCAGAAUUUGUGGAUACAGAGUGGAUCAAUACUGCUAAAGAGAUGCUUGUUCAUUUUGUUGCACAGAUUAAACUAUUGUAUGGUAAUGAAGCGAGCAUAUAUAAUGUCCAUAGUUUAAUUCAUUUAGCGGAUGAUUGUUUAUAUUUCAAAGAAACGUUAAAUGAAGUGAGCUGUUUCCCCUUUGAAAAUUAUUUAGGAAAAUUAAAAUAUAUGUUAAGACGGCCUAAUCGACCAGCUGCACAAAUAUGUAAGCGAUUAUCUGAAACUAGUUAUAUUAACUAUGACAGGUUGGAUAAUGCAAAUUCGUUUGUAGUGCACAACAACACCAUCUCAUUCCCAAAAUUCAAAAUUUCACUAAAUAAAAAAGAUUGUUUUGUUUUUUUGAACAGCAGGAACAUUUUCAAAAUCACAGAAAUUGUAGAUGAACUUUAUGUUGCAGGAUUUAUUUCAAGUGAAUUAAAAAACUUGUAUGAUUACCCAAUACCUUCCAGUGAAUUGGGAAUUUAUAAAUUUAACGCCUUUAGUCAUAUACAUAUGGAAAUCAUUCCGAUCACGCAAAUCAGUGGAAAAUGUUUUGUAAUUUCACAGAAUGGUCAUUUUGUGGGCAUGAUUUUACUGCAUUUAAUUUGUUAAUUUAGAUGUAAAGUUAUUGUUGUACUGUAUUGAUCUGUUUUAGUUGGUUAGUCGAUUGUAUAAAACAUGUGGGAUAUAAUUAUCUGGAAAAAUGAAAAUGCGAUUGAUUUUGUACCGUGCAAUUGGGCUAACGAAAAU